UCAUGAGAUACACACCAGCCAAUCAAAUUCGCAACUGCAGCGUUGUAGACAGAAAUCCAGCCAUCCUUUUUUCUGCCGAUCGUCUGGACGUGAUUCAGUUUUCGUUACUUAUGGCGUCCGUUGGUUCUCUUGCGGCUUCAUUCAAAGAGAAAAUAUUAAACGACAAUGACUCUAAUCCAGAUAUAUCGCUGUUGAAGAGUCAAUUGUGCGAUGCCCCGUCUCUUUCCGCCGUGUUGGAUACCCUCAAUGAGUCUUUCGACGACCUCAGCAGGCAGUUGUUUCGCGAAAUUCUAGAGAAUUUCGACGUUUUCGAGUCAUCGUACCAAAAAGACAUGGAACUUCAUGCUCGUAUUGUGGAUGCUGUAAAAGACGUCAAUAGCAUUCACGCCACAGUGAGUGAUCCCGCUCAAGGCGUCAAUACCACGGCGGCCAACGCACUGCAAGAGUAUCAGUCCGUGCUGGAUCAGUCGUCAGAAAAUCAGCAAAUCAUCGAUAUGCUUCAAACAUUAACCACGAUUCUCCAAGAUAUCGAUCGCGUCAAAGACCAACUUGGCAAGCACUCGUUGUUGGACGCCACGCUCCUCUUUCUGCGUAUUCAAAGCACCGUCCACGAUCUAUGCGAAUCUCAGCAACCGUGCGAUUGGCGUCAGGUCGACGCCUUUCAAUUUAUUCAGCAAGAACUAGAUCGGCUGAAAAUGCAAUUAUUGCAAACACUAGAAGAUGGCAUGAAUCAAGCCAUCGUAUUUCACAUAAAAGACAACAUCAACUCCAUGGUCGUCUAUCCGUCGGUUCAAUUGGGGUCGACCGCCGAUCCCGUUGUCCUCAUCCAGAUUUUCCAAUGUUUCAGCGAACUACAACAACUAUCCGUUCAGAUGGCUCAUCUCAAACGUUCCAUAUUUAAACAUAUCGUUUCGCCAUUUUACGAGAAUUUACGCCAUGCCACCAUCGAAACGCGUCCGUACAAAGGGAACACAGCGGAAGGAGGUCAACUUGAACUGACCAUUGGUUCAGCCUCUUCGCCCGACGACAUUGAACAAGGACCCAGCGUCAUUGAUCAAUCGAUCGAUGUAUUACACCAAACGGAAUCCAUGCUCCAAUUCUUCUACACUUACAUCUUCAACAACAGCUCCGAAACGCCGCAGCUGACCCAUCUCUUUGGCAACCUUAUAUUACCGGAAAUAUUCGAAACCUACAUCCAGAAAUGUCUGGCGCCCUCGGUUCCCUCGUCCGCUCGCGACCUGGAAAAAUUUGGCAAAAUAGCUCAAGCUGUCACCCAAUUUGAAGAAAAAUGCGAUCACGCGUUCCACCUCUAUACAGCAGAGAGUGACGAGACCAGCAAGGCAUCACUCACAGCCUAUGUCGCUCACAUUGAUCGCCAUUUUGCUGUCAAACGUCGACACAAGGUACUGCAACAAGGACGACAAGUCAUGAUGCGAAAAUUGUACGACACGGAAAAAGCGCAAGAACGUCAUAACGAUCAGUGCCAAACGUAUUGCAUUACACAGACACCGCAUUUGCUGUCCAUGUUACUUGCCGACACCGUGACGGAAGCUGCGUCACUUCAAUCGUCUCAUCCAAUUUCAGCAACCAAGCUCAUUGAAGUCACCCAAGAACUGACGGACUUAUACCGUGCCAUCACACCGAGCUUUCAUCGAUCCUAUUUCCUGUCCAAUCCGGCCCAUGCGCUUGUCUUCCGCAACGAUUGUUUUUGGCUCGCCCAUCAGAUCGUGGAAAAGCUAGCUGUCCAAAAGGAAACGCGGCAAUUUGAAGGAUUGACGACCAUGUUUGCGAACACAGCUCGUGCAUUGCGAGAUCUUGGCAACUCUUGGUACCAAGUGGCGAUCACUCAACGUAUGCAAGUGAUUCACGCGUUUCUGGAUAAAUUGGAAGGAUUUACAACAAUUGGUGAGGGACGUCAACAAGAACAAACGUGUCAUCAAGCGAUCAUGGGAGCUGUGGAGCAAGCGCAAUCGUACGCUCAUGCCACUCGAUCGGUGCUUGAUCCGUCACUUUUCUUGAAUAUGAUGGGAUUCAUUGUCGAUGGUAUUCUUGAACGCAUGAUCAAGGAACUGGAGGAUCUCACCGAUAUUGGCGCUCAAGAGUCGCAUCUUAUUGCAAGUUUGCUGAACAGCUUGGCUCAAUUGGUCAACGGAUUUGAUCUUCCUGGAAGGGAUGCUUCGGAGCCAACGGUUAUAGGCCUGGUCCCGCAUUGGAAAAAGUUUUGGCUAUUAAAGGAUAUGCUGGAAAUGAACUUGCGCGAUAUCAUGGAUCAUUUCCGUCGAGGCGACUUGGAGCUCUUUGACAAACAGGAAUUGGUGCGACUGAUUUGCGCCUUGUUUGCAGAUACACAGGUACGAGAGGCGAGUAUCCAAGAAAUCGAAUCAGGCCACCCUGUACCUACCGCGCCAUCUCUACAAAUGUCCCCCGAACCGCGAUCCUCCACUCUGUUUCCCCACACACCUGUCCAGCAUCAACCGUCGCCCCCCAUCACACACACGCCCUCUGGUACGCGAUCCAUGGUCAACUCGCCAUCGACCACCAGUCUCAAUAGCGAUUAUGCAAAACCGAAAUCGAUCUCCUUGGAGUACAAUGUCGAUGAUACCGCGGAGAUGGACAACGGUUGGGAUGAUGCAGAUGAAGACAUCUUUAUCGACAAUAUCGAGCCCGCGCCAACAGGACCACCGGAGGUCAAGCCAAUGGCCAAGGCUUCGGCGCCGGGAUCAGCAACGGAAGCAUCAUCAAAAGCAGCACUGGAUUCCACGUCGACAUCAUCCUCAAAAUCUACUGCUACGCAGCUGGCCAUGGGUGAAAUGGAUAUUGAUGAAUCCGGAUGGGAUGACGAAGACAUAGAUACCUCGGCAUGGGAUAAUAUAGAAGACGAAGGCAACGGUUGGGAUGAAGCGGAGGAAGAUCUAUUCCAAGAUAAUACCAAAUCCAGCUCUACUUGAAAUGGCGACGUUUCUUCGUAUUAUUUACUUUAUUGUAUAAGAGCUUUACGAAUUGUUCAUCACAGUUUUGCUUCCGAUCCUGUUUGAAUAAAAAAAUUAAUGAU